AUGUGCCGGACGAUCAUAACACUUCUCGACUGCGGUCAUCGCGAGGUUGGUCCACUCUUCCGUUGCGACAUGGCGGUCGCCUCCAGACCUCGAGGAUAUCCAUACGACGACGGAAGGAUUGUGGUCUGCCAGCCCAAUGAGAUCCACAAUAUCAACCAGAAAAGCUUUUGCGAGGAAUGUGUCGGAGAGAUGAUCCAGCGACUUUUGACGGCGGCUUGCCAGACAUGUCGACGCAAUAUCGUCACGCGCAUGGGCGAAGCAGUUCUCGAUACGCUACCACAGGGUCAAGAAGCUGCCAAUCAGCAAGGCGCAAGUUCCGGACCUGACACUGCCGAACACCAAGGUGCGGAUGCAGAGUCCGACACUGCAACAUUGUGCCACUGGUGA